AUGGUAGAGUUUGCCAUUAACAACUCGGUGCAUGCGUCCACGACACAUACACCGUUUUACGUGAAUGGCUUGCGCCAUCCGCGUGUACCCACCUUACUAGAGUGUAACUCUGGUUUAAGGGGGGAAGGGACUCGCGUGAGCAAAAACCGAAUUGGUUCACGCUCAUCACGAUCUGACGAAGAAGUCAUUGCGUUUGAUGCCGAUAUCGAUAACAUCGAUAUCGAAGAAGAUGAUGCCAGUGAGAGUGCGGAAGCCCUCACUGAAGAAGAUGAUCCCAGUGAGAGUGCGGAAGCCCUCACUGAAGAAGAUGAUCCCAGUGAGAGUGCAGAAGCCCUCACUGAAGAAAAGGUUGAUGUUGCUGCAGUGCGCUCACAGCACACUGAAGCUAACGAGUCAUCAGAUGAGUUCAUACUGGCUCGUGAAACGGUAGUCCGUUUUGUGCAAGACUCCAUCGCCGAAGCGGUGACUUAG